AGCCAAACCCACAGUUUUCCAAUAACACGACCAACCACCCCCCCUCUCUCUCUCUCUCUCUCUCUCUCUCUUCUUUCUCUCUCAUCGCCAUCAUCCAAUCGUGACCGUUCGUUCAACAUGGCUUCCGCGUUCUUCUCGAAGGUGAAACCCCUCUACCGGAAUCCCUUCCCGUCGUCCAAUUCCAUGGCGGUGUGCCACCGUCACCGAUCAUCACGCGCCACCAAGGCCACACUCACGGAGAUUGACGCCGAACACGAGGUUACCUUGAAGAUGUUCGACGAUUUGAUUCAGAGGAUUCUGGUCAAGAAGGCGACACCCGAUUGGCUUCCGUUUCUUCCUGGGUACUCGUUCUGGGUCCCACCGCGCCCGUCUCCUUCCAGCGUUGUUCACUUGGCUCACAGAUUCAAUAGCUCCGAUCAACCCCAAGAUGCGCUCAACCUUGAAAGUCACCAUGGUUGGCCUGACCCUAAGUACUUUCUUCAAGGGAAUGCACCUGCUCACAGCGGGGAAUCUGGUGUCGAGCUAAAUCUCCCCGAAGAGGGAACAGUGAAAGUGAAGGUUAUCACAUUUUCAGAUAAUGUAGCUAAUUCAGAAGAUGAGGAAGGAUAAUCUCCAAUUAGCUAUGCCAGUUGCUGUGGAUUUUCAUGGUGCAACCUAAGCUUAUGGAGAAGUCCAAAAACACCAAAGGAAAAAACAGAGGAGGAGACAGAGAGGGACAAUUUGUGCAAAUGGAGAUUCCCGCUGAUACAGCACUGGUGGUAGUUGUGGAAUUAACCCUUCUCACUCUACAUGGUCUCAACUUUGGUUUUAGUUUCAAACCAGUAUAUGUUGAAUAUUUGCAACGUUGUUAUGUUGAGUCCUUGUAGGGUGAAUGUAUGUAUUUAUUAUCCAACUAAUAAAGCACAAACUUCGUAGAGGAUUAGGAGCAUGUGCUCAGUACAAUGCAUAUAUUUCAUUGAUGUACAUAUAAUAAGACUUUUGUUGGUAAUUUUUGCAUUGCAUUGAAGUUAUAUCGAAA